AAAGUCGAAGCUCUCAAAUUUAUCACAUAAAACUCAGGAUGUGUGUUAGCCAUUCAAACAAUGCACAUUGGUUAAGUUUGGAAUAAACUGGAUAUGUCACAAGCAUGGUAAAUCUGACACAUCUAUCAGAUGUUUCAUGACGAAACGCGUCGUCACUUUCAACUAAUUAGAAAAUUCAACAAUUGUAAAACAUAAACACUAUAAAUGGAGGCCAACUCAGAAGCUUUCAAUUCAGUUGUGAUAUGUAACAAGGUGAAGAUAGACAGAAGUUGCUAAUAUUUUAUCGAUCAAGAUAUCAACAAUUAAAAGAUGAAGGCUGUGAAUAUUUUCAUUAUUUUUCUUGUGAUGAUCAGUUGUUCAUCGUUGCUCGCAUUUCCUUUACCAGAAGAUGACAAGAGUGACAGUGAAUAUCCUAAAAUAAGCACCAACCUUCUAUUGCAACAGAUCACAAACUCCAUUAAUCAAGAACUGAUGAAAGAACUGAAAAAUGAAACUUUGAAAUUUGGUGACAGCAUUGAUGAUGGAAAUUUUCAAAUUGAAAUAGAAAGUUGGAAUUCAUACGAAGCUUUUCCUUUUUCUUUCAACAGCAAAGACAAUGAAAUAGUUAACGAGGUAAAAGUGACUCGCAUCGAAGGUGAUUUUGAAGACUCGGCUGAAUACAUCAUUGAGACAACGAUAAUCCCUGACGUGGAAGCGUCUGAUUGACCCAAAAAUUUCCAUUUAAAAUUUAAUUUAAAUCUCAUGUCAUUUGAUUUGUAAUUAUUGAAGGAUCAAGAAUCUUG